GAGGCAGACAUGGAGAAGUGCUUCCUGCAUGGCAAACCGGGCCGGCUGGUGUGUGUGCGCUGGAGGGAAGGUGCCCCCGAGAGGAAGGGGAGCCUGGGUCGGAGGCGGCGUCUGGGCCGCGAGCGAGCUGGAGCACAGGCGAGCCCAUCCUGUCCAGCCGGUCCCAGUGCCCUGGCGGAAGCGGCAAGAGGGAGAGGGCCAAGGGCUCGGAGGUAUUCGGCUGCAUUCUGUCGCAGAACAAAGCGAAUUCCUUCAGCAGGGUGUUGAGCGGAAAGGAAAUGCUUGGAGGGAGGGAAAUGCAGCCCAUGGCGGCCUGUGACAGGCGCGGGAGCACGGCGGCUCAUCUGUCACAGCUAAUGGGCCCCCGGGGGGUUUCCCGGCACCGGCACCCCGUCGCCUGCCUGACCUUCCCACCCCUCCUGAAAAGCGGUGCUGGGGACCAUGAAAUCGCUGCGCGCCAUGAGCUUGCACAGAGGGUCGAAAGAAAAGGGCUUGGCGCAACAUUGUCAGCGCCACCAUCCGCAACGUCUUGGCACCGCUGUGCCCUGCGAAGAGGAAAUCGUGCCCUCGGGAGCGCCGCCGGGGGAGCUGGCCGGAGGAGAGAUGCGGACCACCUGGCGCGGAGGAGCUGGCUGCCAGGCGUGCCGACACGGCUUAAUUGGACGAGGCGCCAUUAAGCCCAAGGCAGCGGACAUGGCAGCCAGGGGCCCCUAUGCGUUGGACCACGGCAGCGCGGCUGGCUGGGGCACGCUGGGAAUUGUAGUCCAGCACCAGGGCGGUGAAGACUGAUCUCACGCAGAGCAGAUGUCGGUAGAGGGCCCAUCGUCCCCUGGGAAGGAACCUUGCCGUGUGCUGUUUCAGCAGCGGGGGCCGUGAGCAUUUCCUUCCAUUUCCACAAGGAAAGGGCUCUGGUUCAGGACUUCAGGACCUCCUUGGACGAGCACUGAGAAUCCAGAAGGCAGGUUUGGAAGAUGCCCCGCAUUUCAGCAUUUGUCCAUGCUGUGCCCCCAGCUCCCACCGGCUCUAAGACGGCACAGCCAACGCCCUGGGAUGGAGGAGCUGUGGCCUGGUGGUGCCUGGAGGGCGUGGGGUCCCUCUCCGUCUCUGGCAGGUUCCGACUGCAAGCCGGCGGCACGUGCUGGCCCCCCCUCGGGCUGUGGCAGCCCAGACGCCGUGUCACCACCACUGACCGCGGAGGAUGAGGUCUUCCUUGGCAGCAUGGCGGUGCAGAGGGCGCAUGCCUCUCCUUCUCCGGAUCCAGGCGUGUCCUACAGCAGCACUGAGGACCUGCUGUCCAUAGAUGCUGAGCUCCAAGGCUCUGAGUAUUACAAGGACCUGGGGCUUGACGGGCCCACAACAUCCCAAGAUGUGCUCGCCUCUGUGCCGUGCCCCAAGGCAGCAGGAUGCCACUACCUGGACAGGGACCGUGCCUGCUCCUGCGUCUCUGGGGGCCAAGGGGGCUUGGCCCAAGAACAGCCCGGACUGUUGCCCGAAGCAGAGAAGCCCUUCCUGAGUUUGGUGCAGUCCACGUCAACCUCGCGGUGGUACAGCUGGAAAAUCCCCGUGCCACCAACAGAUAAGCAGCGCAGGCUCAGCCUGGACGCCUCGGAACUGGAGAGUGACACAGAGCAGGAGGAUGGAAAAGCAGAGCACGCUGCGGAUGCGCCGCCACCUCUGCCCCAGAUGUGGAGUGGCCCCCUGGGGGUGGGAGCCGAGCUGGAGCCCUUGCCCAUGGGCCUCGGCCUCGGGCCAGAGGCCGGCAACGAGGAGCUUGGUGGUGGCGGAAAGCGGCCACGGUCCAAAUCUGUUCCGUCUCCCAGCGACAGCUUCUGCUCCCCCUGGAAGUCCCCUGGCCUGGAGGUCUCGCUUCCUGUCCCUGUAGGAACGGUGCCGCCUGUGCUGGAGAUCCCAGGAAAGGACCCUGUCCCCCCAGAGCUGAUGGUACAACAGGUGCUGAAGGAGCUGACACAGUACCACGGCCCUGAAGACGAUGAGAAAAAUGAAAGAGGAGACAGAGGGGCAAAGGUGAAACGCCGCCUGAGCAAUCUUCGCAGCCGUGUCACUGGAUCAUGGCAGAAAGACAAGGGUAAGACCAAAGAGCAGCACACAGAGGCUGGGGAGACGGAGGCGGGCAAGCGCGGACCGCAUGGGCAUGUGCUGGCACCGGGGGCCUUCGGCAGCCACAUCCGCUGCUGCUCCAUCUGUGGCAAGACCCUGUCCAGCCAGACGGGGCCGCAGUGCUUGCAUUGUGGUUCCAACCCCCCCAGACCCCACAAGGCUCCCUCGCCUGCAAGCCGAAGCCCCCGAUCCAAGCACAGGGAUCUGCCGCGCCCGUUGCCCGCCGGCCCGCAAACUAGCCACCUCCGGAGCCCGGCUCCAGCCCGCGGCCACAAGGAGCACCCCCGCCGAGUGUCACCGGGCCCCAAUGGCAACCGGCAGAAGAGGACUGCGCCGCCACCGAGGACCGCACUGCUGAGCGCCGCCUCCGCUGGGGCCGUGCGGAAGGUCAGGUUCCCCAGGGUGGACAUGGACGACAGCGACGGCCCCUUGCGGGUGAGGCCUGGUGCCGAGGAUGCGGCAGCCACGACGGAGUCUAUCUUCCUGGAAGAUGGCUACCUGUCCGCCCUGUGGAAUGAGCUGGAGGCGGACGCGCGGGAAUUCAGGGCGCACUCCUGGAGCCUGGCCGUGGAGCAGCAGUACAUGGCGAGGCAGGACAAGGAGACGGUCCGGCGGCAGGAGGUCAUCUACGAGCUGAUUCGCACCGAGGUGCACCACGUCCGCACCCUGAAGAUCCUGCUGAAGGUGUACGCACAGGCCAUGCGCGAAGCCCUGCACUUCAGCAGCGCCACCCUGCAGCUUCUCUUCCCCUGCGCUGAGGAUCUCCUGGGCCUGCACGAGGAGUUCCUCUCCCAGUUGAAGCUGCGCCGCAUGGAGUCCCGUGAGGCUGGCAGCGCCUGCAACUACCUCAUCCGCCACAUCGGGGACCUCCUCGUCCGGCAGUUUUCCGGUGAGACGGGCAACUGCCUGAAGGAGAAGUAUGGCGUCUUCUGCAGCCGCUACGCCGAGGCCGUCGGGUACUACAAGGAGCUGCUGCAGCGGAACAAGAAGUUCCAGGACCUGAUGAAGAAGCUCAGCAAUGCCACCAUUGUGCGGCGGCUCGGGGUGCAAGAGUGCAUCCUCCUGGUGACCCAGCGCAUCAUGAAGUACCCUGUCCUGGUGGAGCGCGUCCUCCAGAACACAGAAGCCGGCACGCCGGAGCACGCAGAGCUGACGCGGGCCCUGGCCCUCAUCAAGGAGGCCAUCACGGCCGUAGACUCCGAGGUCAGCGAGGCUGAGAAGGGGCAGCGGCUGCGGGACAUCUUGGCCCGCAUGGACCUGCGGCCCCCCGGCAAGGGGCGGAACGGGCAGCCUUUCCCCAAGGAGGAGCUCGCACGGCGCCGGCUGCUCCUGGACGGCACCCUCUUCCUGAAGGCCUCCUCCGGGCGCUUGAAGGAGGUGCUGGCCGUGCUCCUGAGCGAUGUCCUGCUGCUGCUCCAGGAGAAGGACCAGAAGUACAGCUUUGCCAACGUGGACGGCAAGGCCCCCGUCGUCCCACUGCAGGGGCUGAUCGCCCGGGAGGCGGCCAACGACGACCGGGGCCUCUUCCUCAUCGGCGCCUCCGCCCGGGGCCACGAGAUGUACGAGCUGCUGGCCGGCAGCCGGGAGGAGCGGCAUGCGUGGAUGGGGGCCCUCCAGCGGGCCACCGCAGGCUGCCCCGACGAGGAGUGCCCGGACUCCAGGCUGGAGGAGGAGCGGCGGCAGGCCGAAGCACGGGCGGCGAAGCUGCAGGAGUGCCGAGAUCGCCUGGGCCGCCAGGACGCCCUGAUCCUGCAGCUGCUGGGCGAGAAGCGCCAGACCUACCAGCAGAUGGCGGCGCUGAGCGGGGCCGGGGGGCCCCCCCGGCCCCAGGUCCUCCUGUGCCGGGCCCUGGAGGAAGCCGAGGGGCUGCAACGCCUGCUGCUGGCCCUCCCCCGCCGGGAGGACGGCUGCGGGGCCUUUGGGGCCGGCGUCGUGGAGCAGGCCGGAGCCAGAAGCUUCAAGAAGGCCUUCAGUGGAGACCCCCUGCUGUGGGAGCACCAGGGCUCCACCGCCGACUCAGAGGCAUCUGACCCGGAGCUGCCCCCGGCCGGGGAGCAUGGGUUGCCGCCCGACCCGAGCGAUGGCCCCAGCCCGGAGCAGACCAGCAGCCCCCAGGCCUCCCUGGACGUGGAGCCCGAGCUUGUCCCGAGGGUCCAGAUAAUCCUGGAGUUGCUGCUGAGCCUGCAGGCCGCGCUCUCCCAGGAGGACAGCCGCCUGCAGCUGCAGCGCUGCGCCCUGGCAGACCGCGAGCUGCUGCUCCGGCAGCAGCAGGAGCGCCAGCUGCGGGCCCUGGAGGAGGCCGAGGCGCAGCGGCGGCGGGAGGAGGCGGCGGCGCGGGGGAUGAUGGAGCGCGUAGUGCGGGAGCGCGAGGAGCUGGAGCAGCGCCGCGAGGCAUACCAGCGGGACCUGGAGCGGCUGCGCGAGGCCCAGCGGGCUGUGGAGAGGGAGCGCGGGCGGCUGGAGGAGCUGGGCCGCACCCGGGGGGUCCGGGGGCCCAGCCCCGCCGUGGGGCAGGCACCCAGCCCGGGCCCUUUGGCCGGCUUCGACAGGGACAGUCCGGAGAGGGCCGUACCAGCCGGCACCCUCUGCGCACGGGCCAGCAUCUGCGGCCCGGACGGGGCCAGGGCGGUGGCGGCCCCCAAGGGCGAGGUGCCCAUCCAGCUGCUGAGCGCCACCAACCAGCUGCAGGCCGGGGUGGCCGUCCAGCAGCAGAUCCCCACCAAGCUGGCCGCCUCCACCCGGGAGAAGGGUGGCCGCAGUGGCAGGGCCGCGGCUGAGCCAAAGCAGUCCCCCCCGACCCGGCGGGCCAGCAAGGAGGACCCCCAGCCCCGUGGCCGGGCUCCCACCGGGCCACCCGGUCCGGAGGCAGCCACGCCACCAGGUAGGUCGGGCAGCAAGGCUCACGCCAGGCAGCCGGCCCGGCCCGCCCCGCAGCUGACUCUCCUUCUCUCUCCCGUCCCCACAGAAGCUCCCGCCGCCGCCACCGAGAGCGGCCACCCCGACGCGGCGGCCCCGCCCAGCAGCCCCCCUGGGCCCUGGGCCACCCAGGCCCAUGCUCCUGAGCCCGCCCUGGGGGACGCCGCCAACGAGGCCGUGAUCUUCCUCUGAGCGGCGCCGCAGAAGGACGGAGGACCCGCGGCCUGUGCCAAGUGGCUCGUCCGGCCACCAUGGGGGGAGCAGUCCUCGCCACUGGGUGUCUCCCUGGGGGUCCCUGAGCGGCAGCGGCUCCUCCGACGGGGCUGCCUCCACAAAGUCCAUGCGCCACGGCCCAGGACGACUGCAGGGCCUCGUCCUCCAUGCCUGUGCCCAUGUGCCAGAGCCUCUCCGGACAAGGCAGUUUCCUCCUCCAGCCCCCCCCGGGGCAACGGGGGGCUUCUCUCCCGCCAAAGACCCCGCUCCCCCCACCACCCACCCGGGGGUGGCCGGCCCAGCAGCAUGGGCCACAGAGCCCUGCCUGCUGGGCCGGGAGCGCCUCCCCCCACCAGCCAUGCCAGGUGCCAAAACAGCCUUACAGGAACACCAAACUUUAGAAACAUGGGAACAGAGCGAGGCAGAAGGGGGUUCCGGGGUCAUAUAGUCUGACCCCGGCUCUGCUCAG